AUGGCCUCAACAACAACAGCAGCAGUGAAUCGUAUCACAGAUUUUACACCAUUCUUUUCAGUAAUUUCAAAAUUGAGAAAACCAAGUCCAAUUCGUGCACUCAUGCCAAUUAUGAAUUUACCUGGUAUGAUUUCACUUGCAGGUGGUUUACCAAACUCUCAAACAUUUCCAUUUCAAUCUAUUAAAGUUGAUUUAAAUAAUCAAACAAGCCUAGAAAUUGGAGGUAAAGAAUUAAGUGAUGGAUUACAAUAUCAUCCAAGUCAAGGUUUACCUUCACUCACACAAUAUAUGAGAAAACAUCAACAAGUAACUCAUCAAUUACCAUCCGAUGAAAACAAACAAUUGUGGGAUGUUAUUUGUACAAGUGGUUCUCAAGAUGGUUUAACAAAAGCCUUUGAAAUGUUUUUAAAUCCAUACAAUGUACAAUUACAAGCCUUGGAUCUUUUUAAUAAUAAUCAUAAUAAUAAUAAUAAUAUUAAUAGUAAUAAUAAUAAUAAUGAACAAAAAGAAGAAAUGGAUAAAAUUCCAUGUAAGAGAUUGGCCAUCUUAUUGAAACAAGAACAUGAACAAAAGUAA